AUUACAUGUAAUUUGGUUCCAAUUUCUAUAGCCUACGUUUGACGCGCUUAAACGGCGGAAACUUAGAAACUUUGAUCUAUGCUUUCCUUUUGUAUGAAAUUAUGCCUUUACCGAGUAGAAGGAACUCCUUUUGGAUAAAUGUAGUGUUUGUGCUGCUGGGGUGUUACUCGGAAGCGGUGUCCGGACAGCUCUCCUACACCGUUUCUGAAGAGGUAAACCCGGGGACUUCUGUUGGAAAUAUCGCUAAGGAUCUAAACCUUAGUGUACAAGACUUGGAAUCCCGCAUGUUUCAGAUCGUCAAUGGAUCAAAGAGAAAAUAUUUCGAGGUAAAUCCGAAGAAUGGUCUUCUUUUCGUCAAUGAUAGAAUAGACAGAGAGGAGCGCUGUGCGAAAGCCACAAAAUGCACAAUAAAUGUAGAGGCCGUGAUUAACAAUCCAUUGAAGCUUUACCGCAUCGAAAUUAGCAUUCUUGAUGUGAAUGAUAAUUACCCAUCAUUCAGUGAAAAAUCACAAACUAUUGAUAUAGCUGAGAGUAUAUUGCCAGGGGCCAAAUUCCUCGUGCUGUCGGCGCACGAUGCUGAUGUCGGGAAAAAUGGCAUCAGUACAUACAAGCUAAACCCAAAUGAACAUUUUUCUUUAGCGGUGCACAAAGGAGACACCGUGUCUGCUGAGUUAGUGCUGCAGAAAGCAUUAGACCGAGAAAAACAACCUGUGAUUAAACUGACACUUACCGCUGUAGACGGCGGAACACCUCCAAAAUCCGGCACUUCAGAGAUAAUAAUCAACGUUUUAGACAUUAAUGAUAACAUCCCAGUGUUCACUAAAUCAUUGUAUAAAACAGCUAUCACAGAAAAUGUACCUCUUGGCACUACGGUAUUAACAGUAAGUGCAACAGACGCCGAUGAGGGAGCAAACAGGGAUAUUUCAUAUUCUUUAAGUUCAAAAGAUCAGGAUCACGUCUUAGAAAUGUUUGAAAUUAAUUCGGAAACAGGGACAUUAACUGUGAAAGGAAAAGUCGACUUUGAAACAAAUCCCGCUUUUGAAAUUCGUGUGCAGGCUACAGACAAAGGUCAGCCUCCACUGGCAGCACAGUGUAAAGUGCUGGUUGAAGUGAUGGAUGUAAAUGACAAUGCUCCUGAGGUCAGUGUGACAUCACUGCUCAACGCAGUCAAAGAGGACGUUAAUGUAGGUACAGCUAUUGCACUCGUGUCAGUUCUUGACAGAGAUGGAGGCAAAAACGGUGAAAUUAAAUGUGAGAUCACAAAUAAGGUUCCUUUCAAAUUAGAGACGAAUUAUAAAAACUAUUUUUCUUUAGUGAUUGACGAGUCACUUGACAGAGAAAUCACUCCCCAGUACAACGUCACCAUCACAGCGACGGAUGAGGGGACCCCAUCUCUCUCUGGCACGAGCGUUGUUACUGUUCACGUUUCUGAUGUCAAUGACAAUGCGCCUCGCUUCUCAGAGCCUUCGAUUAAUGUUUACCUGAAAGAGAACAGUCCUGUUGGAGCAACUAUCAAAACUGUGUUCGCAAGUGAUGCUGACGUCAGUGAAAAUGCCAAAGUGAGCUAUUCAUUUAUAGGCAGUAAUAGCAACUUGUUGCCGCUCUCAGCAAUGGUAAAUAUCAACUCAGAGACAGGAGAAAUAGUCACCCUGCAGUCUUUCAACUAUGAGGAGUUAAAGACGUUGCAGUUUAAAGUUCAGGCCACAGACUCUGGUGUUCCUCCACUCAGCAGCAACGUGACUGUCAACGUUUUCAUCCUGGAUGAGAAUGACAACAGUCCCGGGAUCCUCGCGCCCUAUUCUGAGCACAGCUCCGUUAACAGUGAGAACAUUCCCUAUUCUGCUGAAGCGGGCUACUUUGUGGCCAAGAUCAGGGCUGUGGACGCCGACUCUGGCUACAAUGCGCUGCUUUCUUAUCACAUCUCCGAGCCCAAGGGAAGCAACCUGUUCCGAAUCGGAACCAGCACCGGGGAAAUCAGGACUAAGAGGCGAAUGAGUGACAAUGACCUGAAAACUCACCCGCUGGUGGUGCUGGUUUGUGAUCACGGAGAGCCCUCCCUGUCAGCUACUGUGUCAAUUGAUGUGGUGGUGGUUGAGAGCACAGCUGACAUCCAGACUCAGUUCAGACAUGUACCGAUAAAAGAGGAGAGCUUCUCCGAUUUAAACCUGUAUUUGCUGAUCGCCAUUGUGUCGGUGUCAGUGAUCUUUCUGCUGAGCCUCAUCAGUUUAAUAGCUGUGAAAUGCCACAGGACAGACGGCAGUUUCGGCAGGUACGGCGCCCCAAUGAUCACCACCCACCCUGACGGGAGCUGGUCUUACUCUAAAUCGACUCAGCAGUUUGACGUGUGUUUCAGCUCAGACACACUGAAGAGUGACGUGGUGGUUUUCCCCGCGCCGUUUCCGCCUGUAGAUGCGGAGCUGAUCAGUAUUAAUGGAGGAGACACUUUUAACAGGACUCAAACUUUACCCAGUAAAGAAAAGGUAAGGAUGUCAUGA